UCUGAAAAGUUGUUGUCAUUAGAGCUAAUCUUCUUACCUUUUCCACAAUAAGGCUUGCAAAAUUGUUACCAGUUUUUGUGAGCCGGCUUAUUUGAUCUAACGAAAAUAGUGCAAUUUGUGUCGACCGUUGUGAUUGUUAGGAGAUACCAAACUGUCAAUAUCGCUAAUCACCACCUGAAACUGAGUGCACCGGCAUAAGGAUACUAGUGUGAGCGAAGAUUGCGCGCGCUGUGAAUGACAAGUGGUGUGACGAACAAUCAAUGAGCGACUGAACUGUCACGUGUGUGAGACUGAAGCACGAUAAUUGUUCGGAAACAGAAAAGAGAGAGAGACUAUUACAGGAAUUGCGAGACAUUUUUUAAUUGAUUGAUUAGUUAAAAUUAUCUUUGUUAACUUAUGGGUUUUGGCUAGUAUAUGAUUAUUGAAAUAUUAACUUAUUUGAAGCUUGUUUAAUGAGGGUUUAGCGGCAAUUAAGUAGAAUCGUAGUAUAUUAAAGAAUCAGUUUUGUUAGUAAAUCGCGUUCUUGCCGAAUUCAUUAGAAAAAUAUUGUUACCGAUUUCUUUAUGCUUCGGCUAUAUGCAUCCUUGCAACCGCGUAAUUUUGCGAUCGAUCGCGCUUGUUUUCAAGCGAUGCUGUAAAUGUGCCUUGUAAAUUUGCAAUCGGGAAUGGAACAGACGCCAGUAUCCUCGCCAACGACGGUAACCAGUGGCGUAAUAGUACAGAGUUGUGCACAGGUAGACGAUGGUAGUAGCUUACUGGGGGGUGUUAGCGUUAGUGUAGGUAGUCUUUCUGAUAGCAAUCUUAGCUCGACGACUGCAAUCCACAAACCGAAAAUAACGUCCUCGGCGGCUGGCUCCACAACGGCAACUCCGGUGAAAGCAACAAGCGGCGCACUGACGACAACAUCGGCAGCCACAUCCUGUGUACCCAGCCCGGUACUUAGUCCCCUGCGGAAGGUGUGGGGUCGUAACAACAACGGCACAAUGGUCGAAACAUCUACCCCGUCCAACGAGGCUGAACUUCAACUUUAUCGAGUGCUGCAGAGGGCAAGUCUGCUAAGCUAUUACGACACUUUGCUUGAAAUGGGUGGAGACGAUCUGCAACAGUUGUGCGAUGCUUGCGAAGAGGAAUUUCUGGAAAUAAUGGCAUUAGUGGGGAUGGCUUCGAAACCUCUCCAUGUAAGACGCUUGCAGAAAGCACUACAUGAGUGGGUUACGAAUCCGUCAGCAUUCCAAAGUCCUCUAGCAAGCGUAGAUACACAAUCUCGGCUUACGUACAGUCCCGGACCCGGUUCGAUUGCACGUAGUGUCGGCAGUUACUCUGCCUCCCCGGCGUCAACGUCCAGUUUCAUUGUUAAUCCUUCAUCCAGUACAAAUCUUCAGCCGUCUUCGUUGGGACAUUUAGCGACUAGUCUGAGCAGUAGCAUAAGUAGCAACGUUGUCAGCCCGAUCGGUUCCACCACGGCAAGUUCGCUGCAACUGACCCCCAGUCUCACCGAAGACCAAAUCACCAAAAUUAUACAAGCCGCCGAACGGCUGUCGCGAACUAUACCUCGACACCUGGAACCAAGACAGCAAAACGUCAAAAAACGUACUACCCGCGACCUGGAACAAGUCAUCGCCAUGAGUGAAAACGAUCCCCGCCGGAUGGAGGAAAUACGAAAGUAUUCUGCCAUCUACGGUCGAUUCGAUUGUAAACGGCGGCCCGAGAAGCCAUUGACUUUGCACGAAGUUUGCGUAAACGAAGCAGCUGCCCAAAUAUGCAAAUAUGUUCCCGCUUUGUUAACCCGGCGGGACGAGUUGUUCCCGUUGGCACGGCAGGUUGUUAAGGAAUGCGGAUUCGGGCAUUCCGCCAGCAUACGACUGACUGGACUGUGCCAAACCCAGACCAGCCGACACGAUGAAAUGGACACCUCGCAACAGAUGAAACGAGCCCGGCUUUCCAGUGAUACCAGUUCCGAUCUCGGAAAGGAAAAUUCCGACGACAACCGGGACCUAUCGAGCACCUCACUGUACCAGCACAUGAGCGACAAACCGUUCGACUUAACCGAUUCAAGUAAAUUUUCGUUUACCCGAUCCGAAUUUGAUGACGCAGAUUCUAGAUUUAGUUUUAGCAAUUCAAGUUCGUCACCAGUUCAAACUGGAAAUGGAAUCGACCGAGAUUUGAAUGAUCAUGAAUUUCCAGAGCACCUACGACACGCGGCCCGAUCGCUGAUUGCCCAUGAUAGUUCCCUCGGAGUACAGGUGAUUUCGUCGUCCGGAGGACACAUUAUAGCGGUAGCGAAUCCUGCUUUGGCACUGAGUCCGGCUUUGAGCGAAGCCAUAACCAUCAAGCGGGAGGCCAUUUCACCUGACUUAUAACAACAUCGCUGAACAAUUUGAACAAACGUUGUACAAAGUCACCCUAGACGCAACGAGACCAACUAACUGUAGAAAGGUUAUAUUCAAUUUAAUGCUAAUACUGUCUUAUGAUUUGGAAUCUAUCUAAAAAAACUGAAUUGGAAACUAGUCUAUAAACUUUUUAAAAGUUAAAAUUUUCGUUUAACUCAAAAUUAGUCAAAAUUAUUAGGAAAAUAUUGUUUGGCACAUAAUUAAAGAAAAACAAUCAGACUGUCUCUAAACAAAUUUUUGGUUUUUACAAAUUUGACGCCUUUCAGUUUACACAUUUAUUUUUUAAGAUGUAGUGCAAACAAUUUGAGCACAGUUUGACUCAAGAAUAAUCAUGAGACUGUUUAUAAAAAAAUAAAUUUAGUUUUAUUGUUAUUUUAGUUUCAGUUCUUUUUCUUUUUUCAUUUUACUACAUUCUUUUUUGUAACAUAUGUAAAUAAAUUGUUACACAUAUAUCGCUGUGUAUGUAACUAUGUAGCUGUAAUACAGUUUAAUGAAGUCACUGUAUACUUGAGAAAAUAAACCGAAAUAUUUAAAAUAAAAUGUACAAAUCACUGAA